AUGUCUGAAGUUACGAGGCAUUCCGAGCGACUCACUAAUGGAGAUGGUGGAGUGAUGAGCUCAAUCCGUGACGUGCCUGUUACCGAGCAACGAAGACCGUACAUAAGCACUAAAGGCUCAAAGCUUCAACACACCGGUACCGCCCGUGCAAACCUCGCUCCAUCAGCAGAGUCGCCUCAAGGUACCAAAGGCUGGGCAGAGCAGCAUUCCCACCAGACUGUCCUGCAACAACAUUGCGACUUCUUCGAUCGCGAUCACGAUGGGAUCCUAUGGCCACAGGAUACUUUCGUUGGCUUCUAUCGGCUCGGAUUCGGUAUCAUUCUAUCCAUAAUCGCGGUUUUCGUCAUUCAUUCGAAUUUCUCAUACCCUACAUGCGAGGGCUGGCUGCCUGAUCCUUUCUUCCGCCUUUUCCUCAAGAAUGUGCAUAGGGAUAAGCAUGGUAGUGACACCGGAACGUACGAUCACGAAGGCCGCUUUUUGCCGCAAAAGUUUGAAGACAUAUUCGCGAAGUAUGCGGAAGGCAGAGACUAUUUGACGAUCUGGGAUGUGAGCAACGUGCUGAAGGGCCAGCGGUGUAUUGCUGACCCGAUUGGUUGGGGCGGUGCCUUCUUCGAAUGGGUUGCGACGUAUAUUAUGCUCUGGCCCGAGGACGGCCGGAUGAUGAAAGAAGACAUACGUGGUAUUUACGACGGUAGUAUAUUCUACACCCUUGCUGCGAGACGAGAGAAGGGCUCGUGA